AUGGGAGAGAUAAGGGAAAGUCGUGUGAAAGUUAAAGCUUUUGAUGGAGCGCAAAGAAGUGUCAUCGGAGAGAUCUAUCUCACAAUACAGGUGGGGCCGGCUGAAUUCCCCAUUCUAUUUCAAGUAAUGGAUGUAUCAUCCAACUACAACCUGUUGCUGGGAAGACCAUGGGUUCAUAUGGAAAAAGCAGUUUCUUCCACUCUUCACCAAUGUGUAAAGUUUGAGUGGGGUCGCACAGAAGUUUUCAUCCACAGAGAGCUCAGUCACCCCAUCCUUUCAGUCAAUUCUAUCCCAGUCGCUGACGAGUUAGACGGAGCCACCUUUCACACUUUGGAAAUUAUGCCAGCUAUAAGGGUUGGUGAGGAAGCAGAGGCAGAAAUGUUGAAGUAUGGAUAUCAGCCUAAGAAUGGACUUGGACCUAAGUCCAAUGGCAUAGUUGAGCCGAUCCAAUUGAAACAUCAGAGAGGCACCAAUGGACUCGGAUAUGAGCCUACCUCGGGAAGAGACCAUCACAGGUCAAGCGAUACAAUCUUUGUACCAGAACAAGCUUCGAUACCAGAUCAAACUGGCGUUGAUGACAUCGUAGAAGGAAUAGGCAAUCUGUUCGUGGCCAUGGCUGGAGAAGAGGAAGGGAUAAAUCUCAACAAGUUGACCAUUAGUGAUGCCGAACCUGGAGACUUGCAGAAUUGGACCACCAGCCCGUCCCUAUUUCAACCAGAGUCCUGCACUUAUAUUAAUAAAAAUCCUCGUUCGACGGUUAUGACAUGUAACGAGUCCACCGAGCAAGGUGAAAUUGAUGAACAAGAUCACGAAGAAUAUGAUGAAAGCAUGAUGCCUGAAAAUCUACCACAUGAGAUCGAGCAAGUUGAAAGUCAAAAGAAGCCCAAUAUGGAUGAAACAGAGGUUGUCAACUUAGGAGAUGAGGAAAUCGUGAAGGAGACACGAGUCAGCAUACAUCUGGAGGCUGAAAGAAAGCAAGAGUUAAUAGAAUUGUUUAAGCAGUAUGUUGACGUGUUUGCUUGGUCUUAUGAUGACAUGCCAGGAUUAAGCACCGAUAUUGUUUCGCACAAAUUACCGACUGAUCCCACUUGUCUACCUGUUAAGCAAAAGACAAGAAAAUUCAAGCCAGAUUUGAGUUUAAGAAUCAAGGAGGAGAUGUUGCAUCACUCCAUGGGGAGUGUACUGCUACAAGUAAUGCCAUUUGGUCUAAAAAAUGUCGGUGCAACCUACAUGAUGGCCAUGACUACCCUUUUUCAUGAUAUGAUCCACAAAGAAAUUGAAGUGUACGUGGAUGGUGUCGUUAUCAAAUCCAAAAGAAGUUCAGACCACCUGGAUGACUUACGAAAGUUAUUUGAGAGGUUGCGUAAGUAUAAUCUGAAGUUGAAUCCAGCAAAGUGUGCAUUUGGAGUACCCGCGGGAAAACUAUUGGGAUUCAUCGUUAGCAGGAAAGGCAUAGAGUUGGAUCCAUCAAAGAUAAAGGCAAUCCAAGAGUUACCUCCGCCCAAGACCAGGAAGGACGUGAUGAGUUUCUUGGGAAGACUGAAUUACAUCAGUCGGUUCAUAGCUCAAUCCACAGUGAUCUGUGAACCCAUAUUCAAGUUACUGAAGAAGGAUGCUGCCAUGAAAUGA